AUGGAUAUCACAGGAUUUAUUGUAACGCAUAGGGCGGAAGCCCUGUCAAUGGGCGACUACAACAAGUAUCGAGCGAUGUUGACACGACGAUUGCAUACCCUCAACAAACGACUUGGAAGAACCACGCCCAAGCACAAAAAGUUCUCCGGCAAAGCAGUUAUCACGUCUAGUGACAUAGCUAAAGAUCAUAGUUAUGUUCGGAUACUACUUCUCUACGCGGAGCGAGCAUGGGCAGAAGCCAUGCACAUGCGAUCCGUUCAUUCCCAGGACACCUCGAAGAAAGGGAUGGUUGGAUCGGCAAGGCGACAUAUAAUCUCCCGGUUGACUAAGUCUACCGUCUACGCAAAGCAGCUGGCAUCUGCACUUGAGAAUCAGCAGGAAGCAGGCGCUUCUCGAACGGAUUUCUUAGAAGCACAUGCGUAUCUGGCCACACUGGCAACGGCGUGUUGGAUGGAGAGGCGGCAGUGGGAAAAGUGCCUGAAGCAGGCAUCCCUGGCGCGGGUUUUAUAUGCUGCGCUGGAGAGGCAGGAUAAGCAAGGCAACAUUCAGGAAGUUAUUUCGGGCACUGUUGAUCCAAGCAUACGCUACUCUGCGUAUCAACUUAAGAUACCCCGGUCAAUCCCUCUAGGCACAAUUGCAAAGAAGUAUUUUCCGGCUGAGAGCCCAUUGAGAGGGGAAGUAGAGGCCAUUGACCCGCACUGUUUAAGUGAGGAUACGGCGGAGGGAGGACUAGACGCUGCUACCGGCUCAGGAGAAGGGCAGGCAUUCCCACAAACCAUCACUUGGAGGUCAAGGACAGUGAAGAUUGAAGAUGCAGCGAUAUCACAGGCUUUGGCGUCUGCAGCUUCUGCAGAGGCUCAGCUGUCGGCCUGGAUUGCAAAGCAAGGUGGUCAAAAGGCGUCUGCGAAAGAAACUGCAGCCAACUAUGACAGUGUGAUAAUUGCGAGCCAGGAUGCCGUUGAUGCAACGAAGGCGGCGAUUGACGAGUUGACCAGCGAAGGAAUAGAUCAGGGUGAUGCCCGGAUGCAGAGCCUACAGAUUACGAAGACGGCCGUCAACUACCGGCUAGUGGGCUGGCGUGUCGGUAGGAACAGGGUGCUUUGUGGUGACGCUGACGGAUUGAACUUUACUCCGCCAACGACCGCUCGCCGAAAGGGAAAAGAAGAAGUGGAAACUGCCAAACAGGAAAGCCUGGGUAGACGAAUUGGGCGUCUUCGAGAACAUGUAGUGCUGUACGACUCUAUCCUGCAGAGCCUGGAAUCCGUCAAGGAGCUUCCUGGCGUUGCGGCCGAUGCGGCUUUUGUUCGAGAACUUGAAGCCAAGCACUCCUACUUCAAGUCAUUACGGUGUCUCGCCAUUGGAAGGUCUCACGGCUUCCGGUCAGAGUCCAAAAACGCUCUUGCACUAUUCAUCCGCGCCGUUGAGCUUGUAUCCAAGGCCCUCCCGUCGUGCAGCGAAGAGACGGAUGACGCACCAGGCCACCCACUCGGCGUCGACGUCUCACGAUCGCAGGCAGAAGAGCUGCAUGUCCAACUUCAGCAUCUCGUGUGGCAGUAUCGCGGCAUAGUGGAGAUCGAGAAGCUGGCGGCCGAGUCUGACCAGCGAGACCCGGCAACGCUGCCUCCUGUCGUGCGGAGGAUGCAAGAAUAUCACCUUGACGGGGUGAAUCUCAGCAACCUUGUGGCCUAUCCACCGAGACUAGAGCCCAUCCCGGUCAAGCCUAUCUUCCUCGAUCUGGCGUGGAACUACAUCCAGUAUCCGAUGGAGAAGAAGGGCGGCGCCGUCCUCUCUGACGCUGCGGGGGCCACCAGUGCGGCGACAGCUGAGCCGGCUCCAUCUGCGGAGCCGAAGAAGGAGACCAAAAAGGGCUGGUUUGGAUUUGGUCGUUGA